AUGCGUUUUCCUGCGUGGCCAUUGCAAAGCCGCUCUUCGUCAUCCUCACCAACAGAUGAGAAAUCUGACAAGACCGAGGAUAGCGCACUGGCCAAUCAUGGAAUAGGCCACUGCUUUUCGAAAGCUGUUCAAGUCAUCAGAGAACAGGGCGCUCAGCAGUCGAAGGAGCCUGGCUUCACUCCAGAGAUUGACGGCGAUGAAGACGAAGGGGAAGCGAACGUGGAAGCUCGGGCAAGGGCAAGUUGGCUGAUGAUUUGGUGUCACGAGCGCUGCUACAAGCCUGAGCGUGAACUCCGAGCCCACCUCACCGAUGUCGCGAUGAAUCUAAGCGCUGGCAUUCUUUGUAUGAAGAAGGCAGUGAAGUACGAGACGUGGAUGAAGCGGACCAAAAACCGUUUCCAUGUGCUGAUCACAGACUGGAGGGAGGCCAAGCCGUGCAUGAAUGCAGUCGAAGAGAGCCUGCAAACGGAUUGGCCUGAAAUGAUUAUCGUACUUUGCGAUUUGCCGAAGUCCCACGAGAAUGCCUUGCAGUGGGCCUCCAAGCAAGAUAGCAACAAGGCGAAGAUUCACGUCCUUCUAGAGAGUCCUGACCAGCAACAUUUUCAGGUGAUCACGGAGUUGUUGCAAAGUUGCUAUGCCAAGAUGUCCAAGAGGAGGAGAUCCGACCAAAAGCCGGAGCAACGAGAAGAACCACGGCCCAUGCUAUUGCCUUCAACUCCUGGUCCAUUGGCCGCGGGCACGCAGCCUGACGUUGAGAAGGAGAUGGAAGGAUCCACCAACAAGGUGCUCGCGUCAGAAGCAGAUUCUGAUGAGCUGAGAGAAGCUCUCCGCAAUGGUUCCAUUUUGAGUCUCUGA